GAAGCCCCGCCUCUCCGAGGAGCCUUGCCUCUAAACUCAGGCGGAGCUUGAGGAAUGGCCAGGGAAUGCGGAAGCUCCGCCCACAAGCCUUUGUGCGCUUGCGCUUUCGGCUCGGUGCUGAACCACUGGUGGCGAGGCUGAAGUCCGGUUAUGGAGGACGCUGCGGCGCCGGGUCGAGCAGGGGGAGUCACGGAAAGCCAAGGUGCGCAGGCGGCCGCAGGUCCAGGAGCAGCCCUGGUGGAGCUCACCGCGACCCCCGACGGCCUGGCUCUGGUGAGCCCCUACCACACCCACCGGGUCGGGGACCCCUUAGACCUCGUGGCGCUCGCUGAGCAGGUGCAGAAGGCUGAUGAAUUCAUCCGAGCAAAUGCUACCAACAAGCUGACAGUCAUCGCGGAGCAAAUCCAGCAUUUACAGCAACAAGCUAGGAAGGUGCUGGAGGAUGCUCGCAGAGAUGCUGACUUGCACCAUGUAGCUUGUAAUAUGGUGAAAAAACCUGGCAACAUUUACUAUCUUUACCAGCGGGAGAGUGGUCAGCAGUACUUCUCCAUUAUCUCUCCAGAGGAAUGGGGAACAGGUUGUCCACACAACUUCCGUGGUGCCUACAAGCUACAGCAUGACUUGUCAUGGACUCCAUAUGAGGACAUUGAAAAGCAAGAUGCUAAAAUCAGCAUGAUGGACAAGCUGCUAAGCCAGCCGAUGGCCGUGCCCCCAUGUACUGAACCCACCCUCCAGGGAUUGACUCAUUGAACACCGACUUUGACCAGCAGCCCUCAUGACAAGGGCCUGACUGCCACCACCUCCUGUUGCCCACAUUCUCUACCUUGGCUUGAUGGGAGGGAUCAUGAGAACUGGGCAUGUAGGUGAAUCAUGAACUUGUUGGAGGGCGA